AAUCCUUGAAUAAAAAUAAUAAUAAUAAUAAUACUUGUAAAAUUACUAAUUUCAAUUUUCUGGAUAAAUUUAUUCUUCACGCCUUCUUGUUCGAGUGAUAGUUUUCCAACUUUUUGAAUUAAUAGAAAGAUAGGAAAACUUUUCAUGCAAUUUAAACUUUUCCCAGAAACUUAACCUAACUUUAUGUAUGUGCCAUUGACAUAACCUAACUUAAUUCAAUCUAACCUUAAAUAUGAAGUGCAUGUAAGUAUUGAACAAGCUGAUAUUUGAUUAACACGACACUAGUCAACUGUAAGAGUCAUCGACGCAAGGAUAAUACGAAGCUGCAAAGGUACAUUCCUUGCUGAAUAACAGCGAAUAUCGAGAACGCGGAAAAUAAAAUUACUCUUCUCUUCCUUUCGCACCAGUAGCAGAUGUGUGUGCUUGGAGCGCAAGUCAGCUGCCACAACGACCGCCCAAUUCACGAAUGGGAGGAUGUAGGAUGCAAGGAUGAGAGGAUUCGGGCACAGUGUGUCGUGAUCCUUCGCGUCGUCCUGAUCGCACACAUUUCUACUCCGGAAUAUUUUUAUAAUCUACGUAAAAUUAAAAUAAAAUAAAAAUAAAAAUUUUGAUUUGAAUUAAAUUAAAUUAUGAAAAACGUAAUUGAAUUUUCUACGUUUGAUAGUAUUAUUGAUAACAAUCGUAAUAAUUCCGAUGUGAUUUUUGAAAGGAAUAGUUUUUUGAAUUCGUCAACAAAUAAGACGUUGAAUGUGUUGAUGCAAGUGGAAUAUCCUCGGUUUGAUUCACGUGCGCUGGUCGUGGUGAUUGUAUAUUGUUGUGUAUUUGUGGUUGCCUGCAUUGGCAAUGUCACUGUCUUCGUCAAUCUCUUCCGGUCACGUCGCCGGAAGUCGCGCAUCAGUUUCCUUAUUAUUCAUCUCACCGUCGCGGAUCUUAUUGUUACAUUUAUCAUGAUACCAUUUGAAAUUGCAUGGCGUAUCACUGUGCAAUGGUUGGGUGGCAACAUCGCCUGCAAGAUUCUCCUCUUUUUCCGUGCAUUUGGUCUCUACCUGAGCAGCAACGUGUUGAUCUGCAUCUCCCUGGACCGUUACUUCGCUGUGGUUCAUCCGUUAAUGAUGACCAACAAACGUAGUCGUGGCAAAUGGAUGCUCUACUGCGCUUGGUUGGCGUCAACUUUCUACGCCUCCCCACAAAUUUUAAUCUUCCACGUGGAAACUCAUCCGCACUUCGCUAACUUCACGCAGUGUGUCUCCUUCGACUCGUUCGCAUCGCCGCGCCAUGAAUUCCUCUACAACAUUCUCUGUCUGACGAUGAUGUACUUCCUGCCGUUGACGAUCAUCGUCGCUGCCUACGCGUCCAUCUUGUGGAAGAUGUGGCGCAAGGCACGCGACUCCAAGCGAGACGAAGUUGCCGCCCGCGGCUGUAAUUCCUCGUCAACCAAACUCACCCAUUCUUUGGAAAGUAAAGUUUCCAACAUGAACGAGACAACAUUCUCGCAGGAACGCAGUCAGGUGCGAAAACACCGCGAUCACGUCAUCCUCCGCCGCUCGGAUAUGAAAUGCAUCGAAAGAGCCCGCAUACGAACCCUCAAAAUGACAGCUGUGAUUGUAAUUAUCUUCCUGGUCUGUUGGACACCCUACGCUGUAAUGACGCUGUGGUACAUGUUUGAUCGCGAGAGCGCCCAAAGAGUUCCCAUGUGGCUCCAGGACGGAUUGUUUAUGAUGGCGGUGUCGAAUAGUUGUAUGAAUCCUUUGGUCUACGGCCGCUACAGCGUUCAAACCGCCGCUGGGACGCGAACAACGCGCUGGUGUUUAUUUGGUUGCUUCCCUUACGUUCACAAAAAGCACGCACGCAACGUGUCAAUAAUCGAGCCGAGGAUCAUCAAUAAACGCAGACACUACGUUACUGGCGGUGGAGGGAUAUUACCAAUGACAAACUUCAUGCCCAUUGUUGACGAAAAGCAUCUCAUCAGAAAUUCAUCCCAGGGACUUAAGCUACGAGUGGGUGGAGAUAACCAAAGUAUUAAUGAAGUAGCCAUGGUUGAAGACAGCGGAGCUGGAGGUGGAGAGAUGAGGGAUUACAAGCGCAACUCGGUGUCGGUCUCGUCCUGGCAGCGUGCGUGUUUUCAUUCAGCAGUAUCACAACCACGAGCGGAUUUCCACGCGGAACACGAACAUGACCAUAAUUGGCACAGCGGGCGGAGUGACGCAAAGAGUGAAAGUGGAAAAAGUUCGAAAAGUGUGCGCAUCGACGAGAAAUUCAUUUAUCACAGAUAAAAUGUUCUGCCCCAGGGUAAUUAAA